CGUCCUGUUCUCUAAUGGGCAUUUAAAUCGAAUUUCUACUACUGUGGACUCUAAAAAUAACUGCAUAUAAAUACAAAAUGAAGGACGCGAUUGUAAGAUGGAUACAAAUAUUGGUUGUAUUUAUUGUGUUUAUGUUUAUAUUACAAACAUACAUUGUAAACAAACUUUAUAGGAAAAAUUUGAUGAUUGCUAUGAUUCAAACGAACUCUUCAAUAGAUAAAAUAACAAUGUUGAUGAGAUCUAAUACUUCUGGUGAUGAGAUAGAAAUCAUCAUGAAAAAUAAGUCUGUACUAGAUGCAAAAGUUCUGACGCACACGAGAAUGAGAAACCAAACUGAGUCUAAUGUGAAAGAAUCUAUAUUGCCACGAAAGGAAACUAUUGUGCGAAAAGGCUCUUCAUUGACGAACAAGGGAAACGUGACUCAAAUGGACAAUAAUCAGACUGUGACGUCCAAAAGAUAUAAUACCCGGAAAAACAUUACGAUGACAUUUAAUGGAACAACAGUUCGAAAGCCUAUUUGUUCUCGUAGUAUCAGUAAACAACCAGGCCGAAUCAGAUUAACACUUACACCAGAAAAGAACCACAUUAAAGAAGACACUGAUUGGCUCAAAAAUGAAUUAUCAAAAGGAGGCAUAUAUCAGCCACCAAGUUGUAAAUCUAAAGAGAGAGUCGCAAUUAUUAUACCAUUCCGUGAUAGAGAAGAACAUCUUAAAAUAUUCCUACGCCAUAUGCACCCCUUUUUACAACGACAGAAGCUCGAGUAUGGAAUUUAUGUUAUUGAAUUGGACAAAAAUAUAACAUUUAAUCGAGCGAUACUUAUGAACAUUGGAUUUGUAGAAGCGAUGAAACUUCACAGUUAUACAUGUUUUGUGUUUCACGAUGUCGAUCUUUUGCCGGAAGAUGAUAGAAUUCCGUAUUCUUGCGCAGACAACCCACAACAUCUCUCUGUUGCCGUGGAUACGCUCAACUACACAUUACCGACAGUAAAACAGUUUGGUGGAGUAAGCGCUGUACGAACGGAGCAGUUUCUUAAAGUAAAUGGCAUGUCUAACAUGUUCUUUGGUUGGGGCGGAGAAGAUGAUGAUCUCAGUGAAAGAGUGAGAACAAGCAAAUACAAUAUUUCACGACCCUCGGGGGAUAUUGCCAGGUACACAAUGAUUGGUCAUGUUAAAGACCAUGACAGAAACCCAUUUAGGCGGUGUUUGUUGAAAUCAGUAAAAGAACGAAUGGAUAAGGACGGACUUGUGAACUUAAAAUAUGACCUUGUGAAGCUCGAACUUAGACCACUGUAUACGUGGAUGCUAGUGCGUGUAAACAAAGUGCAACAACUGAGAUCUGAUAGUUACUUGUUUCAAUUCUAUAAAGACUGCGUAAAAGAAGUUCAGAACAACAGUGCUUUUUUACGUCAACUUGUACUUCCAUUAGUGAUAGUUAGUCUUUUGUGCUAUAUUGUUUCAAAAUCGUGAUGCAAAGCUUUGGAAAGUUUUACAUUUACUUUGACAGAACUUCAUUUAUACAUAUGCACUCAGCAAUACAUAUGUAUAAUCAACCCUAGUCAUCAUUAUAUUAUCGUUAUUUUGCUUUAGUGUUUGUUGACAUUACCUUAUGCUGUGUCUGUAAAACUUUCAACUGUUGACGCAUGCAUACAAAAAAAAAGAAAAGAAAAAGAAACAAUAGUGAUAAUGAAAAAAAAAAGUUCCUAGGUGUCUUAUUUUCAUAAUUGUUUCCCUUGCGUGUCCUUUUUAAGCAGAGUAAGCAAAUAAUUGAUGUAAAAAAGUUGACUUAAUCUGAAAUUUUAAUCAUUUAAGUAUCUAAUAGUUUUAACAAAUUUAUUUCUUUUAGUUUAUUUAUUUUAUAAUAAUAACAUUGAUGGCUAGAUAAAGAAGUUUAAAAUCACACGAUGCAUCAGAAAUGGAUAAUUUUCAUUUCUAUAGAAAGAGCAAACAUGUAUUUUAUUAUGUUAUAAUAAUGUUUGUAGAAUGUUUAAGAUGCUUGUCACCUUAAAGGGAUAUUCAGGCAAAAUAAUGACAAAAUAUUAAAAUGAUAUUAUGUACUCAAAUCACGCUAAAAUGACAUUUCUUGAAGUUUCAGCACGAAUUUCUGUUUAAAUUCUAUCUAUUUUGGGUUUCAGGCCUAAAUAUCUCUAUAUACAAUGUAGGUUAAACAAAAUUAAGACGCGAAUAGAAUCACCAAAUAAUUUUAAAACAAGUCACAUGACUUGAACAAACCCUUGAAGUUACAAUAACAGAUAUUAUGGAUAUUGUAUGAUUGAAACAAGUCUAAGUCAUUCAUUUGACGUGUUCUUUAAUGUUUCCAGAGUUCCCUUUGACAACUUUUGUGAAAUCCUAGCGCUCUAACCUGACCCACGCGGGUCAAGUUAGGAAACCACCAUUUUAUUCUUUAUAUAGAGAAAAGUUUUGUUCCUUUGACUGUCUAAUAUAUUGUUUUUGAGGGCAAUUACAGAAUAAUGAAUAAAAAAAUCAAAACGAAGAAAUGACAAUUUUGCCUGUGUCU